UGAAUGAUGGAUCUAACGUGGAUAUACCCUCAAAAUUAGGGAUUUUCUCUUUACUUGUAAAUUGUUACGAAAAGGAGCGGUUCUGUUUAGCCUCCUAUUAAUCCCCCAAAUGUUUUGAAAUUCUGCUUAUUCUAGUUCCAUUGUACUAGUACAGUCCUCUUUUCCGCCCUCAAAACAAGUAUCGGUAUAUGGAGUAAUAAAAAAAAAUGGUUGCACCGAGCUCCCGCCCGUAUGUUCUUGGCGCAUGUAUCGCUCUCGCCUUCAUUCUUCUCCUUUCCCUCCGAACUCGUCAAGAAACGUCUUCAAGAUGGCUAGACUAUUCUGAUAAGUCCUCCCUAUCGACCGCCCAUGAAAGAAACAGUAACUAUGUCUCGGCUACAUCAGACAAAAGGCUCAAACCAGCCGAUACCACAUCAGAAUUAGGCCGGUCGAGUAAUGCGACUCUUGGUGUAUGUGUUUUAUUUGUUCGCUGGUUUAUUUAUUUGUCUUGCUCACACAAUAGUCAAAUAGUUCGAGAGGGUAUUCGUCAUAGGGCUGAGAGAACGCUCAAAUAAUCGUGAUGCUAUGUCAUUAUCUGCCUCUCUGACAGGUUUUAGAGUGGAGUUUUUCGAUGGGAUGAGAGGCGAAGAUGUACCUAAUGAGGCAAAGCCACCGGUAGGUGAAAUUUACACCUACAGCAUCCGCCAUCUGCUGCGCCUUGAGCUUAGAACUAAGGUUAACGCUUGGACAUAGGGACUUUUAUUAGCCGGCGGGUCGUUGGGUUCUUGGCGGGGUCACAUGAAUGUGAUACGUAGGUACGUACAUACUGUUUAUUCGAAUUCCACGUUCAUUCUUCAAGGUCUUUUAUUGAAUGUCCGUCAUUGCUAUAGCAUUAUAGAAAGAAAUCUCGCUUCAGCAUUUAUCAUGGAGGAUGACGUCGACUGGGACAUCCGGCUCCUAAACCAACUACCCGAAUACGCUAAAGGUGUCCGCACACUAUCAAACAUACCACUGAAUAAACGUCAACACUCCCCCUAUGGCGAUGACUGGGAUGUUUUAUGGCCAGGACACUGCGGUGAUGAACUCCCAUCCGCUUUCCACAAAGACGUCAAGGAUGAAAUCUACAUUAUCGCAAACGACGAAACCGUCGCUCCUAAAUCCGCGCAAUCAGGGCUUAAAACCCUAGCAAAAUAUCCUGAAAAAACUCGAAUCGUUCACAAAGCUGGUGCUCCCACCUGUACUUCCGGCUAUGGAGUUUCCUAUCGCGGAGCCCAGAAAAUCCUCAUGGCGCUCGCGGUAAAAGGGGGUCAUAAUCGUGCCAUCGAUAAUGCCAUUGCGCUUCUUUGUCGUGAUGGCUAUCUUGAUAUGAAAUGUUUUUCGGUGGAGCCGCAAUUGUUUCAGCACCAUCGGCCUGCGGGCGCGAUGAAUAAGGAUAGUGAUAUUAAUAGUCUGGGGGUAGGAGAUGUGAAAGGGGAGAGGGAGAAGGGAGUUACGAAUUUGAUUGUUUGGAGUGCGAGAUUGAAUUUGGAACAGAUGGUUAUGGGGAGGAAGGAUUAUGUUACGCAAUAGUGAGGGUUGGGGAUUAGGUAUCAUGAGAUCGGAUUUGAUGGCGUUUGAAUGCUGGAUUUAAUGAGCAUGGAAAUGGUGUGAUGGGAUGGUCUAUUCUUGUAAGACGUGGACUGGUAUUUAUAAGGCAUUUCGCAUAUUAAAUCAAAUGCUCUUGUAUAUAAAUAUCACCGGCAAACUUAUACAAUACCCAUAGCUCUCUCUGGGCUGUCCUCAAUAGAGGUCACGAUUCCUCUAACAGAAGCAAGGGGAUUUAUACCAGGGAACCCAACGGAACGGUAGAGGGUGUAGAGUUAAUUGGUGUAAUUUGCAUGCAUAUAGACUCAUGUUGAGAGAUAGCAAAUCUCUUGACAAAAAUUACAAAGCAUAAUCAUCCGCGCGUCAAGCAC